AUGGGUAUGAAGCAGCCCAUCGAGGAGGAGAACACGCCGUACUAUGAUUCAAGUCUUUUCUAUCCGGCUCGCCUAGGAGAUGUGUUCAACAAUAGAUACCAGCUUGCGGCGAAGCUUGGUUACGGAUCCAAUUCAACGGUCUGGCUGGCUCGAGACCUCAACCAAUGGUGCUGGCUGAGAGAGAGAUAUGUUGCUCUCAAGAUCAAUGCUAGCCCCCCGCAUCGGAGGGAUACUGUUGAAGCAGAGCUAGAUACUCUCCGGCUGAUCUCUGCGGCCAAUCCACGACAUAAAGGUUAUCCCUUGGUCAGGCAUCUUCUGGAUUCUUUUCAGUUGGAGUAUGAAUCAAAGAAGUGCCUUGCUCUUGUCUUUGAGCCCUUGCGGGAGCCCCUGUGGUUAUACAGACAGAGAUUCAUUGGAGAUACCAUACCCUCAGAUGUGCUGAAGAUCAUGCUCCAAAUGAUCCUCCACGGUCUUGAUUACCUCCACUCUGAAUGCCAUGUGAUCCAUACUGAUCUGAAGCCGGAUAACAUCAUGGUUAAACUAGAAGAUUCGUCGAUUUUGGAAGAAUCUGCUAAAGAUGAAUACGAACACCCCCUCCCACAGAAAACUAACCCUCAUGGUCGCACGAUCUACCUUUCUCGAAACAACUACGGUCUACCCCGCAAGACAACUGGAAUCUAUCAAAUCACAGAUUUCGAUCUUUCCGUCUCUGGGAAUCAACCAAAUGAUGGGUGCAUUCAAGCAGAGAUUUACCGUGCACCGGAGGUGAUCCUGGACGCUGGCUAUUCAUACAGCGCUGACAUAUGGAGCUUGGGAGUUAUGUUAUGGGAUGUCCUUGAAGGGAAAAAGCUCUUCAAGGCCAUAGAUCCUGUGCAAGUUCACGAAUAUGACGAGGCACACCAUCUCGCAUGUAUCACUGCAUUGCUAGGUCCCCCUCCGAAGGAGCUCUUGGACAAGGGCAAAAGAACCUCGUGCUUUUAUAAAGCAGGGGUCUUUACAGGCCCGACUGUCGAGCCGACCGACUUCAAUUUCGAGGGCUUGUUGGAACAUGUCCGAGGCGAGGACAAGAGGAUGUUCAUCGAGUUUGUUCAACGAAUGUUGCAAUGGCGUCCGGAGGAACGAAGUACAGCAAGCGAAUUGCUGCAAGACCCAUGGCUUUCCAGUGCCAAUGAGUCCCGCAACCUUGAUUGCGAUGCUGGCGGUUAA